AUGGGUGACAUCCAGUUUCUUGUCCCUGAUUCUACAUCCCAGGGCUCCAAUGUCAUUUCUAUCGACCGGUAUGCCUUAGUCGAAGCCCUUAUUGGCCAGAAGGUUAACAGGCCUGCUUCUGUUGGCUCCGACAGCCUCCAGUCGGGCUACGAUGAUCUUGAUAUGAAAUUUGAGACUAGACUCUCCAGGGAGGAGAACAUGCGUCCCGAUUCGCCUCCCAAGGAUGUCAAUGUCGGUGCUGCCAAUCCGUACUCACUCGUGGAAGCCCUCCUCGGCCGGAAUAUUGACAAGCUUUCGAUAAACUCAGCAAGAAUCAUAUCCAACGUCCUGCAGACGGAUUACCACGAGCUGUUCGAUAUGAAGCAUGGCUCAGUGCUUUUCACUGGGCUAAAGCUCAAUGAGAAGGAGAGGAAGGCAGAGAGGUUGUCUGAGAAAGACAUGAGAAUCCUGAAGGAGCGAGACCUCAUGACUCCUGAUCUAUCAGGGGUUGAGCAGCUGGACGACCUUGAGAAGAUCGGGCUGAAGGAUCUGGGUAAGACGAAGGUUGAAGUGGCUCGCAUGCAGAAUGGCAAGCUGCACCUGGUGGUCCACGCUCACUCCCUGGGAAAGACGGUUUCCAACUGUGAGGUGACAAUGUCCAUCAACGAGCUAGUCAGUCCAUUCAGAAUGCAAAAGGGUCACUGGACACCACCCAAUAGCUCGUGGCGCGAUAUGUACGACUAUUUCUUCCAGAGCGUCAACAAGCGUCUCAUUGGCGAUCUUACCAUGUUUGAGAUUGGAGAGAAAAGACAAAUCAUGCGCUACUUUGAUGAUCCCACGCAGGGUUGUGCCAGUAACAGCUGGCUGAUUGCCGCCUUGUUUUCGGUCUUCUGGUCCGACCCUGUUAUCAUCAACCGCGCUACUCGAGUCCACCACGACAAGGAUGAGAAGAAACGCCUCGCCGUCAAGUUCCAUGACAAGGGCGGCAACAAUAACGGCAAGACUGAGACGGUGGAGGUUAAUUAUCAAAUCCCCAUCAACAACUCCAACAACGAGCCCAUGUACUGUCGCUCCAGCGACGGAGCUGACAUAUGGCCAUCCUUGUAUGAGAAGGCGUUUACCAAAUGGAUCACCGGUAGCUCAUCGGAGCAGCCCGACAUCACCCAGACACAUUGCGGCGACCCUGUGAAGGCCAUGGCACAGAUCAAUGACCGGGAACCCCACUACUACAGGACCGAUAACCAUUCAGCCAACGACAUGUUGGGGUUGGUCCGCUCCAAUUGCGUCAACUUCAAGACCAUUAACCCUAUGACUGCCUGGACCUACGCCACUGGCAAUAUGUACAGAGGCAGUAACGUCGUUGCUAACCAUGCCUAUUCUAUCCUCGGCUACACUAUCCUUGGUGACAAGCAAUACUUUGUUCUCCGCAACCCAUGGGGUGUUAGCGAGCCGAUCGGAUUGAACAGCUACCCAGGGCUUCUUGAGCGCCUCGAGCCCAACUUGUGGCACCCAGCUUCCCUUCUUGACCACGGAGGCCUGUUCGCUAUGGAGACAGAGACUUUUAAACAUUGCUUCGCCUACGUGGGUGUUGCGAAAUAA